AUGUCUGCUCUACGAUAUACAAUCCUGGAUGCUUCAAUGAUUGAAGACACUGUCAGUGUUACUUUUGACAUUGCGCUGUGCAAGUUCCAGUUGGAAUGUGCACGCGCACAACUAGAUUGGAAAGAUGUCAUUACCAUUGCUCCAACAGGCGCGGGUAAAAUGCUAACGUUCUGUAUCCCGCUGCUGUUCAAUAAUAACAGGAUCGUAAUCCUCAUUACCACACUCAAUGGGUUG